AUCAAAUCAAAAGAGCUCAUAAUUGCGUCGCUUAGCUCUUUUUUGCGUUAAUGUGCACACAUAUGUUUCCCGCAUACCAAUGCACAUUUGCAUAUGCCAAUUGAAAAUUACUGCUAACAACAAAUACAAGCAGAUAUGCCACAACAACGACGUAAACUGCCCUUUAGUGGCAAAAAGAAGAAGGAUCAAUUGCUGCAAAAGCGCAACACGAAAGGUCCGCCCAAGUAUUUGCGCAGCACGCAGGAAUCCUACGAAGACAGCGAUGCACCCGAAACAACCGCACCUCGCAAACUAAUGGAGCAGCCAUUUAAUCGAGGUGGCGCCGGCGGACGCAAUAAAAAUGUUAAUCGUUACAAUCUGCAGUUCACACAGGAGAGCAAAAAGGAGUUGGAGCUGAUGAAGCUAGAAGGCUUCAAGCCGCUUGAUGUACUGACGCCGGCUCAACGAGAAAUCGAUGCCGCCUAUUUCGAGCACUUCGAUUUCCCAGUGCGUCCGCCGUGGAGCAGCGAUAGCACCAAGGAACAGCUGGAUCGUAGUGAGAAUCGCUACUUUAAGGAAUAUGUGGAUGAGCUGUUGCGGCAGAAGCAAAGUGUGGAUAGCAGGGAGCUGUCGCUAUUUGAGCUGAAUCUGGAGACAUGGCGUCAGCUAUGGCGUGUGCUCGAGUUCUCCGAUGUGCUGCUUAUCAUUGUGGAUGUACGUUUCGCAACUCUAAUGUUUCCCCCAUCGCUCUACGACUACAUCAUCAAGACGUUGAAGAAGCAUGCAAUUGUUGUGUUUAACAAAGUGGAUUUAGUUGCACCCGAGGCUGUUGUCGCUUGGCGACACUAUUUCAACGAACGCUAUCCCGAGCUGCCCGUGGUGCUGUUCGCUUCGUAUACGGCGCGCAGUCGCAAAGCUGGUGGACGUGGACGUGGUCGAUUGACACAUCGCCGCAGCAUGGAGGGAGUUUAUAAUAUUUAUCGAGAGUGUCAGCGCUAUGUUCAGCAAGAGGUGAAUCUGUCCGAGUGGGAGCAAAAGAUACGCGACGAUAUGCGCCACGAUGAGCUGGAAUUAAUGGACAACAUUGAGGAAGGGGAGUUGAAGAUCAGCAGCAGCAUUGACACGACGCCCGUGCAACAGGAAAAGUAUCACAAUGGCGUACUCACAAUUGGCUGCAUUGGUUAUCCCAAUGUGGGCAAAUCGUCGCUGAUAAACGCACUAAAAGGACGCAAAGUUGUUAGUGUUAGUCGAACGCCAGGACACACUAAACACUUUCAGACCAUCUUCCUCACAGAGAAGGUGCGUCUGUGUGACUGUCCGGGCCUGGUCUUUCCCUCGAGCACACCAAAGUCACUGCAAGUGCUGCUUGGCAGUUUCCCCAUUUCGCAGCUGCAGGUUCCAUAUCGUUCCCUCAAACUGCUUGCCGAGCACAUUAAUUUGCCGCAGCUGUUCCGCCUGCAUCUGCCCGAGGAUUACGAUGAAUGGUCAGCGGUAGCCAUUUCAGAUGCUUGGGCCUAUAAACGUGGCUUCCUCACCGCCAAGGCGGCGCGUCCGGAUCGCUACCGUGCUGCCAAUCACAUUUUACGCAUGUGUUUGGCGGGGCAGCAGCAGCUAGUGCUGCAAUUCUAUCCACCGGGCUUUGAUAAGCAGCGUGAGACCUGGCUGCAGCAUCCAGAGCUGGCAGAAGUUAUCAAGUACCAGCAGGUGGAGCUGGAAGAGCCGGACAGCGAGACCAAUGAGGACACCUCUUCAGUCUGUUCAGACACUGCUGGCAGCGAUGAAGAGGAGGACGAGGACAGCUCUAACGACGAGACGAAUGCCGACGAUGAUGAGGGCGUGGAAGAGCAGCCAUCGCGUUCUCGUAACGUUUUCACACUGCUCGAAGAUGAUUAAAUCAUAUCAAUAAU